GAGUCAUAUAUAUAGGUAUCAACGUAAACUAAUUAUUUCGUCUCGCCGAUGUUUACCGAUGUUAUUAUAUUUCGUCGGGGAAGAGAUCGUGGAUUGCCGAAAAGAAGAGGAGAGUCAGAUGCGGGAUGUUCACACAUCCUCUCUACUUUUUUCACAUUUGAUAAACGAGCUGGAAAGAACAACAUGCAGAUCAUCGAGAUUGAUGAGACUAGCCGACAUUGUGGCUUAUCGAGAUUGGCUGACAGUGCGCUCAGGAAAUGCGAGAAUCACAAGCGUGGAAACGGUAAAUCGAGACGACGCGCUCACAUGUCGGACCAUAAAAUUACUCGUUCUACUUCUUACUACAAUUGAUGACGCUCGUUUCAACAAACGCGCAAUGAUUGAUGAGCGACAAAAAAUUCGAUGAACGUUAUUAAUUUACAUUCUUCCUGCACGAUGAUACUACUUGGUAUCUUGGCGUCGACGACGAUAAUCGGACUCACAAGUUCCGCCCCUCUGUCGUCGUACGAAAGAAGGGACGUGUCAGACGAUCGUCCCAAAAUAUUCCUGUUGAUCGAUCAAAGAAUACCAGAAUUGGAGGACGAGAUGCUGAAUUCGGAGAACGAUCUCGGGCCAGACGUGAUGCGCACCAAGAGAAUCGGAUCUCUGUCGAUCGUAAACAAUUUGGACGUGCUCAGGCAGAGAGUCCUGCUCGAGUUGGCUCGCCGAAAGGCAUUGCAAGACCAACGGCAGGUCGACGAGAAUCGUCGCUUCCUCGAGAGCAUCGGUAAGAGGUCGGUAUCGAACGCCGGCAGAAUCGCGAGAUCCGGCAUGAAGAGUAACCGCGGACGGUCCGCAGCAUCCGAUAGAAACGAGUGGACCGAAGAGAACAACCGCUUGUUCCGCGAGUCGCAAGACGAUCGGACGGUACAGGCUAAUGAGCUUCGUGUGCUGUAAUCGCGCCUCUCGGCAUGCGAAGAAGAACUACAGAUCCGAUAUAUCUUAGCUUUACUAUAUGCGACUUUUAAUCAUCCAUUAAGUUAUUUUUGUCUGCUUGUCUUCUUUCCGCUACUUGCCUAUCCUCGUUUAGCAGAUAGUCCGAGUCCCGCCAGCCGUGGCUGGCGGUAUGUAUGUCCAAAAAUUGCUGAAUUUUACAAUCGCCAACAAACAACGCGGGGGGAGGGGGGUGGGGCUGCUAACGCGACUAACCCUCUCUAAUGGAUUCAAUCGAGAAACCGAAACGUUUCGUUCCACACAGUAUUCGUCCCUCCCCUCUCCAAUUCGCCGUUAAUUUUAGCGUUUAUUUAUUGAGUUAGGUUGUAAAUGAAUUCGAUGUAAAAACAGCCGUGCGUCACGGAAGCUGGCAGGCAAUGGGAAUCGCGAUCGCGCAUCGUUCGGGGGAUGCGACCGAUUCGACUGGCGCGCGUAACGUUCCAAAGAGACGUACAAAGAUCUGAGCUUUACGUAUAUAAAGCUUUACUUCCGUCUUCCUCCGCGUCCGAAAUCCCCUUCGCGGAGAAAGGCGUAACGAGGCAGUAUUAUAACAUUGUGAUCUCUCGUUUAAGCUGUGUCUUCUGUUCUUCGGCAGAGAAUACCUGACGCCCGAUCCUUUAGCGUGUGUUACUAAUUAUUAUAAUUCUCGAGUCCACCACCGCGCUUUACCGAUAUAUACUACCUACCGAAUAUAUACAUUCGUAGCGGACGAUAUAAUGAGUAUACACGGAGUCGAUUGAACUUACGCAGUUUCACUUUCGCCAACUAUUAAAUGUACAAAUACCUCGUUGUAUCGAUAGUUUAUCGCCUCUCCGCACCGUACAAACGUCCGGCGCCGAUCGUCGGACGGGAGGCGCUCAUAUGUGUGUACCUGCUGUCUACAAUUCUGAGGGAAAUUCUAUUUUCUGCGUAUAGCGUACACUAAAGAGAGACUAAUUCCACAGAUUCGCAAAUGUAAGGGAAUCGAAAAAAAAAACUUGUAAAAGGAUCCGGAGAUCAGAUAUACUGUUAAUGUUAAGAAAGACUAUUAUAAUACACGAUAAGAUUUUCAUUGAUAAAAGUACAAGAUUGUAUCCCAAAUGGUUAUAAUUUAGAAAUAGUUUUAAUGUUGAUAUGACUUUCGUUUCGUGCCAUUCCCGCAGUUAUGUAUUUAUUCCUGUGCCAUUACGAAAGUACAAAAAAAAACAGGCGAUUAUCAAUUGUGUAAAAAUAAAAUGUCUAACGCAAUGCAUGAGAUUGAAAGUUUCGCGGAUAAAUAAAACGUGUAUAUGCAUUAUUAAAAUAAUUAUUUAAUA